AUGCCCAAAGACAAAGAGCGAUCGAUGAACCCCGCCGCGGCGCAACGCAAACUCGACAAGCAGAAGAACCUCAAAAAAAGCAAAGCCGAGGCGCUGACCCGGCGGAACGAGAAGCUAGCGCGCCGCAACCCCGAGCGCAUUCAACGACAGAUCAAUGACCUCAAAUCAGCAGAAGAGACGGGCCAGCAGCUGCGACCGCGCGACAAGGAGCUCCUGGAGGCCCUGGAGCGGGAUCUACGGGCCGUGCAGAAGGCGCGCGAAGCGCUGGGUGACAAGGCGCCGAAGUUCGAGAGCUCGGGGCCAAGACACAGAGGAAAUGAGGGACGGAGCGAUGGGGCUGGAGUGCUAGGGAAGAGAAGACGGGAUGGGCCUGGCCACGGACAGCGCUUCGGACAAGACGGUGACAGCAGCGAGACGGACGAGGAGGUUCGACGGAUUCCAAUGCCCCGAGAUACGCCGCCGCCUAUACCCCGACAAUACCAGAAACGGAGGGACGGGAACUCUGGCUCUGGUGGUCCUCGGGGACCGCAUGCGCUGCCCAUGAAACCGCCUGUUACAGAAUCCAAGACAGUCUAUGAAGCCAAGCCGGAGAUCAAGGAUCUGCGACGGGAAGCUAUCAACAUGUUUGUCCCGGCGGCUGUCCGGGCAAAACAGGAGUCUAUCCGAGGACAAGGGAAACUACUUGAACCGGAGGAGAUGGACCGGCUCGAGAAAGCAGGAUACAACGCUGGCCCGACACAGCCCGGUGAAAAUGACGGCACGAAUCAACAAGAUGCCACGGGUGGCGGUGAUGGAGACGAAGUUGAUGAUGAUACCCAGCGCAGGCUCCUGGAAGAAGAGCGACGGUUCAACCAGGAACUGAAAUCUGUGCAGAUCGAAGAAGUCGAAGACGAAGAGGCGUGA